AAAAAAUGCAAGCUGGCCUGCGCUACUUGUGCCCACCACGCAAAAGCAUAUAUAUAAGAUCUCUCAUUUCACUCAUGUCAUCAUAAAUAUAUAAUCACACACUUAAGAGAGAAAAGCUUAGAUAUAUAUAUAAAGAGAGAAAGCAAGUUUAAAACAAUUAAAAAGAAAUGGCUGCGAACAAAACGAAUCUCUUAUUGCUUCUUGUCUCUCUCUUUCUCACCCUAAACCUCGUCUCCGCUCAACUCCGCCGCAACUUCUACGCCGGAAGUUGUCCCAACGUCGAGCAAAUCGUCAGAAGCGCCGUUCAACUAAAAGUCCAACAAACUUUCACCACCAUCCCUGCUACUCUCCGCCUCUAUUUCCAUGAUUGUUUCGUCAACGGUUGUGAUGCAUCGGUGAUGAUAGCGUCGACUAACAAUAAUAAGGCGGAGAAAGAUCAUUCGGAUAAUUUAUCAUUGGCCGGAGAUGGAUUCGACACCGUUAUAAAAGCUAAACAAGCUCUUGACGCCGUCGCAAGUUGUCGUAACAAAGUUUCUUGCGCCGAUAUUAUCACGAUGGCUACUCGUGACGUUGUCAAUCUCGCGGGUGGACCAAGAUAUGAAGUUGAAUUGGGAAGGCUAGAUGGACUUUCAUCGACGGCGGCUAGCGUCGAAGGGAAGCUGCCGCAUCCGACCGACGAUGUCAACAAACUCACUUCACUUUUUGCCAAAAACGGCCUUACUCUUAACGACAUGAUCGCUCUCUCCGGAGCGCACACAUUAGGAUUCGCGCAUUGCACGAAAGUGUUCAAUCGGAUUUACACUUUCAACAAGACAUCUCAGGUGGAUCCCACAGUUAACAAGGCUUACGUGGCAGAGUUACAAGCGUCGUGUCCUAGAAACGUAGAUCCGAGAGUGGCUAUAAACAUGGACCCCACGACACCUAGACAGUUCGACAACGUUUACUAUAAGAACUUGCAGCAAGGCAAAGGAUUGUUCACGUCAGAUCAAGUUUUGUUCACAGAUCGUCGGUCAAAGCCAACCGUUGACUUAUGGGCCGGUAAUGCAAAGGCGUUUAAUCAAGCUUUUGCUAACUCCAUGAUCAAGCUUGGUCGUGUUGGUGUUAAAACCGGACGUAAUGGUAACAUCCGUCGUGAUUGUGGAGCUUUCAAUUGAGGAUUUUUAAUAUAUAUAUUUUCUAUAUUUCUUUUUAUUUCCAUUCAAUUUGUAUUGGGGAUAGGAUGCAUGAAGCUGCUCAAAUAUAAUAAAACUCGAUUUUGGGUUUCAGUUUUUAUGUAGCCUUGUUAAGUUACUUCUACCACAAGACAUCUCUUCUA